AUGUCCUGGUUUGUUGAGACUGUUGCCACCAUCUGCCUUGUUUGGUGCUGCUUCAUUGUUAUUGUCCAAACGGUCGGCAUUUGUGCAAUUUUCCGCUACUUUUCGCGCCAACCACAACCGUCAAUCUCGGCCAAGCAAGGCAGCGAGGCACCCUGGGUCACUGUCAUCCGUCCCGUCAAGGGACUCGAGCCCAAUCUCUACGACUGUAUCGCCUCGACCUUUCGCCAAGACUACCCGCACGAUCGCUACUCGAUUCGACUUUGCGUCGAGGAUGUUGACGACGCUGCAUACCCGAUAUUGGAGCAGCUUGUUCGCGACUUCCCCGGCUUCGAUGUCCAGAUCCUCGUCGAGGCGCAGGACCCCGUCCUGCACGGGCCCCAUGGCCACAUUGAAAACUUAGGACCGAAUCCCAAGAUUCGAAAUAUCAGCAGAGCAUAUCGAGAAGCCAAAGGCGACAUUAUAUGGAUCAUUGACUGCAACGUCUGGGUGUCGCCUGGGGUCCUCGGCCGCAUGGUGGACAAGCUGUCUGGUUUCGCGUCGCAAGGCAAGGUGGUGCGGCCGUACAAGUUUGUGCAUCAUAUGCCGCUGGUUGUUGAUACGGUUGACUAUAGCAGAGAUGCGACGAGUCAACAAGCUCUGCUGGCUUCCACUGGUUCUUCAAACGACAUGGGCACCAUGAACAUGGGCGAGGACCUCAGCACCAGAGUAUGGACUCAGGGCGGCGGCCGACUCGACGAAAUGUUCAUGUCAACUACGCACGUCAAGUUUUACGGAGCCAUAAACUCUGUUGGAAUUGCCCCCUGUAUUGUCGGAAAGAGCAACAUGUUUCGAAAAUCUCAUCUAGAGCAAGUCACUGCACUUUCGCGCCCCUCUGCUCCAGGCAGGCCCUCCAGACCGACAGGUAUUGAUCAUUUUUCGUUUAAUAUUUGCGAAGAUCAUCUGAUCGGCGAUUUACUGUGGAAAUCGAACAUACCAGGCUUCCUCAACCACGGCAUCGUCUGGGGUGAUCUCGUCAUUCAGCCCAUGGCUGGUAUGGGUGUCGCCUCGUACGUUGCGCGCAGAGUGCGAUGGUUACGCGCACGCAAGUUCACAGUACUAGCUGCGACACUUGUUGAACCGGGUGUCGAAUCUAUCCUGUGCUGUGCAUACCUCGCAUUUGCGCUCACGACUCUGCCUUGGUUCCAUCGUAACCUGGGCAUUCCGCAAACGUGGACAGCUGGCGGUUGCAUUUGGCUGAUUGCCAUGACUGCAUGGCUGACGGUGGACUGGUUCAUCUUUCAACAUCUUCAUACUGGCAACUCGAUGAAGACAGACGCAAGCACGCCAAAGUUUGCUCAAGGCACCCGGAGAAGCGGCGGCAUGAACAAACGGCCAUUCAAAGAAUGGUUGCCGGCCUGGAUUGGUCGUGAGGUCCUGGCGCUCCCUAUUUGGACAACUGCCGUGCUGCUGGGAACGACUGUGAGUUGGCGCGGAAGAUCAUUCUCGGUCAAUAUGGACGGUGCUGUGAAAGCCAUCGGUGACAAAGACAUGCCUGUCAGGCCGUUGCUCAGAACACCAGAGCUGGAACGAGCACGACCUCGAAGCAAGGAUCGGCUCGACUAG